AUGAAUAAGCGGGGAGUUAAACUCACCAUUUGUCUCGUCAUUUUUGUCAAAAUAAAAAGUUUCCUUUUUAAAGAGGUCAACCAUGCACAGACAGAUUUGCUCAAAGGACGUUGCGGUUUCGCAACCGUAGAACCCAGCCAAAAUGAUGAACUGCAAGACACCUCCCCGUAUAUGGGGGAGAGCCAUGAUGAGGAGGAAAACAAAUUCAUCGGUAGGACCUUCGAAGGGAUAACCAUAUACCCCCUGCAACAACCGGGUGAAGAUCAGAACAUACUCAGAACUAAAAUACCAUCGAGGGAAUUCAAGCCAAAGAGAAGCCUUGGGCAGAAUUAUUUAAAGGAUGAAAAUAUCAUACAGAAAAUGGUCAGUGCGAUUGAGCUGAAUGCCGAUGCGUUCUGUCUGAGGGACAAUCGGGUUGGCAGUCAGAAGGGGGGUAACACGAAGAAGGCGAAAGGGAAGAAAAAGUGUAAGCGGCCGAAGAAUAGGACCGAGCAUCGGUCAGGUGACGGCAGCAACGAGGGAAUUGCCAAGGUGGAUGAAAGCGGCGCCAAUCCAGAUAACCAAUCUAUGAAGACGGAUAACACAGUCACGAAUCCAGAUAACCCAUCUACGAAUACGGAGAAUUACGCUGCUAAUACGGAUAGCCCCACUUCGCGCAGCGCGAACGGAGAGUGUUCCUUCCAAAGUGUGAAGGACCAGGGGAAGGGAAUAAUCGAGCUGGGGUGCGGACUCGGACAAAUAAGCAAAUUCCUCUUCGCAAAAUAUAAAAAAAUGACGGCCGUAGAAAUAGACAGUCGAGCUUUGUCUGUUCUCAGCAGAACCAUGCCAGGAUUUGACUUCAUCCACGACGAUGUGUUGCAAAUUAAUUAUAAAGAUCUCUCCAAAAGUAAAGGAACCAAAUUAACAGUAAUAGGGAACCUACCCUUCUACAUAACCUCCCAAAUAUUGUUCUGCCUGCUCGAUUACCAUCAUUACAUCGAACAAGCUAUCGUUACCAUUCAGUACGAAGUUGGCCAGAGAAUUAUCUCCAAACCGAAUGAAAAGAACUACUCCAUUCUAAGUAUACUUUUCAAUUUGUACACAACCCCCUACUUGCUUUUUAAAAUUCCAAGCUCUGCCUUUUACCCAGUUCCCAAAGUAGAAGCAGCUGUGAUGAAAAUUAUCUUCAAACAUUCCAACCUUAACUGUAAUUUACUUUUUUUAAAAGAAAUUUUACGGCAUUCCUUUCAGCAGAGGAGGAAAAAACUCAAGUCCAGUUUGAAAAGACUCCUUGCAAAAUAUUCCACCGAAAAGGAGCUUCAGCUUCCACCAUCUGUUUGCCAUUUGAGACCCCAGCAGUUGACUCCUCCGCAGUUCGUUGAACUGACGAACUUUUUAUUUCCCCUUAGCUCCUACCCCUUCGACCCCACUGUGCAGACCAAGGUGUGGCGCAAAAAGAAGCACGGGGAUUAA